CCUGAGGAGGAAGUCAGCUGCUCUUCCAGAUAAGAGCCGAGGCAUAAAGCCAGCCCUGGUGUAGCGGCCGCAGAGAAGAACCAUGCGCUUCCUACUGCCCCUGGGGUUGAUCACCACCAGUCUUGCCUUCUCUCAAGUUCGCUUUGACAGAGAGAAGGUACUUCGCGUGAAGCCCCAGGAUGAGAGACAAGCAAACAUCAUUAAGGACUUGGCCCAGACCAAUGAGCUUGACUUCUGGUAUCCAGAUGCCGUCCACCAUGUAACUGCCAACAUGACUGUAGAUUUUCGAGUUAGUGAAAAGGAAGCCCAGUCCAUCCUGGCUACCUUGGAUCAAAAUAAAAUGCACUAUGAAAUCUUGAUUCAUGAUCUGCAAGAAGAGAUUGAGAAACAGUUUGACAUUAAGGAAGAAAGUCCAGGUAGACACAGCUAUGCAAAAUACAAUAAUUGGGACAAGAUUGUUGCCUGGACUGAAAAAAUGGUGAAUAAGCGUCCUGAAAUUGUCUCUCGUAUUAAAAUCGGAGCAACUGCUGAAGAUAAUCCUCUGUACAUUCUCAAGAUUGGGGGAAAGGAUGAAAGCAAAAAGGCGAUCUUUAUGGACUGCGGCAUUCACGCACGAGAAUGGGUCUCCCCAGCAUUCUGCCAGUGGUUUGUCUAUCAGGCGACCAAAACAUAUGGAAGAAAUAAAAUCAUGACCAAACUCCUAGACCGAAUGAAUUUUUAUGUUCUCCCAGUGUUCAAUGUUGAUGGGUAUAUCUGGACUUGGACAAAGAACCGCAUGUGGAGAAAAAAUCGUUCCAAGAACCAAAACUCCAAGUGCAUUGGCACUGACCUCAAUAGGAACUUUAAUGUCUCGUGGAAUGCUUUUCCUGAGACCAAGAACCCAUGCAGUCCUCUCUACCGGGGCCCAGCACCAGAAUCUGAGAAAGAGACAAAAGCUGUGACCGACUUCAUUCGAAGAAACCUGAAAUCCAUCAAGGCCUACAUCACUGUGCAUUCCUACUCCCAGAUGCUACUGUUUCCCUAUGGGUACACACCAGAAAUGCCUCCUACCUACAAGGACCUGAACAAAGUUGCGAAGAUUGGUACUGACGUUCUGUCAACUAGAUAUGAAACUCGCUACAUCUACGGCCCAAUAGCAUCAACAAUUUACCCGACCUCUGGUUCUUCUUUAGACUGGGCGUAUGACCUGGGCAUCAAACAUACAUUUGCCUUUGAGCUCCGAGACAAAGGCAGAUUUGGGUUUCUUCUUCCAGAAUCUCGAUUAAAGUCAACUUGCAAAGAGACCAUGCUCGCUGUCAAAUUUAUUGCUAAGUAUAUCCUCAGACAUGCUUCCUAAAGAAUCACCCUCCGUUUAGAAGUCAGCUAACCCACCUUUGUGCCUUUUACCAGAAUGUAAUCUUUUAAUUCUUUUCAGAUGCAGCUUUUGCCUCACCUGAAUCCAUCCCUUUCUUGCUCACUGAGCUCCUACUUUUUUUUUUUUGGCUUGUUUCUUUGUUUUAAUUUACCCUCAUUAGUACAGCACAGCUUUAAGUGAAAGCUUGUGACUGUCUUCUUUGCUCCAAGUAAAGUCUGAUGCCAGCACAUAGUAUUUUGAACGUUCCAAAAGAAAUGAAAAACUUUGGCUUCCCCAGAUCAAAUUUUCACUGUGAGAUUCAUCAUUUGGCAUGCUGCUAUGUUAAAAAAUAAAGUGCAUUCUAGUACUUUAAAAA